AUGAUAGCUUAGACCAGACCUGAAGUUGAAAUUCAAAUGAUUUAAGGAUAUGACACUUCAGUGAACCGGACUGUUACAUUCAUCUCUCACAAGUUGGAUUUCAUUCUAAGCAGUUCCGUAGCGUUUGGAGACAUGUCCGAAGAUACAGCUGAAGGACCAUGCGAAGAUGUCACAUUGCCGUGUGAAGAUGGCCAGAGAUAUAUUGACCCAAGUGACUGUCGGAGUUACUACGUCUGCGCUAGCCGCCACCGUCUUGUACGACUGACAUGUCCUCUCGGAACCGCGUGGCACCACCGCGCAAGGGUGUGUGUAGAUGACAGGAAUGUUUACAACAAUGGAAUCUGUGAUAAAACCCAUCCCUCCAGCAGGUGCCCGAGAGAUGGGAACGCAACGCGUAAAAACUUGCCAUCCAUACGAACCACCCAGCGGCCAAAACCCGUGUAUAGUGCGUCAGAGCCCGCUGUUUCUAGUGAUGCAGUUUCCCUUGGGAUCACCCAGCCGGCUACGCGUUCCGUCUCAGGAGAGAAGAGUGGGAUAUACAGCAAAUCGAAAGUCACAACAAUUGCCCCAAGGGAAAUGGACGCCACACCAGGUGGGACCUUGGGGAAAAGCGACGCAGAAGUUAUAGUCAUUGCUGUAGUUGGAGGACUAAUAUUUGCCGCCCUCAUAGCCAUUAUUCUAGUGUUAAUAUGGAGAAAGAGGCGCGACGAAAAGACGAGCACACAAAGUCCUCCACCGCCAAGAAACGCUGAGCAGAAGCCCCAACAAUUAAGCAUAGAAAACCCAGAAUACUCCAGGAGAAACUCGGUCAUUUAUGCUGAGAUCGAUGACACAAUGCGUGGGCCGCUUAUGACCAGUACGGUAAGUCGGGAUAGAGGGAAGACUAUGUGCGCCCGCCUGGAGCGUCACCUACCGCCGAUGUGCUCACUUCCGCAACCAAUGACACCACAACUGUCCACCAUUAGCACUUCCACUUCAGGUGUGACGUCACCUGGAGAUUUCUAUUCUGACCCGGUAUUAGAUAGUGAGCGAGACGCAAAUACGACAUAUUACGAAAAACUUUCGUCAAACAACAGUGACAGCAACGUGCAUCCUGUCUCCAACGAAGGCUAUGAUUAUAUCGAAAAUGGUACAGGGCAUGUGUACUCGACCCUGCGCACCAAAGUCAAGGACGCUCGGUAUGAGCUGCUUAAUGAGAUGUCUUCCGCUUCCGCCAAUCCUUCAGAGAGCCAAGGAAAUUCAGGAUCCAGUUCUCCUGCAUUCUCAUCAUCUCGACCAACUCCUUCUGUUCCAUCGGAAUAUUUUGUUCUAGAUAACGGAAAUUCCGACUCUCAGAGAGCGCUAGACGUGAACAGCGACAAAUCAUAAGAGAGUUGAUUUGCCAUCUUCACCAGCCAAGUGAUACAGAAACGAUGCUCGACUCACUUGUAUUACCCUUCUGAGUUGUCGUAGCUUGACUGGAGAAAAUGUCAGUUUGCACGUGGUGAGCGUGUUGCAUAUUCCAUUGUUAAUAACCACGGAGAGAAUAUUUUGCGUCUGUGAUAGGAAAAUACAACCUGUGUAGAUGACGAACAUUUUAUAUCAAUAAUGGGAUAUUUCUAAUGUGACCAUUGAUUGCAUGUCUUUCGCCUUGCUAUAUAUUUCAACAUAUAAUAUACCCUUCUAUAUGUGCGUGACCGUAAUCUAAAAACCAUAAAUUAUAUUGCAUAAAGGCUUUUAUGUAUGAAGUUAUGCCAACAUGGAAUAGUGUACGUGUUAUUCACCGAAGAAUAUAUUGCUGUGUUUGAUUGUUCUAAUUACUGAUGUGAAUGUAGCGGAUCUUCACAAAAUCGACAUCCACAGGCAUGUGCUAUGGAAUGUAUAUAUGAUCUGCCACUCAGUUUUUUUUAUCAAAGCUUUCCUUCUACACCCUUAUUUUUUUUUGUUAAGAAUACACGUGUGUAGUUGUUACCAGACUGUGCUAAUAAUAUUCAUUACUAUUUAUUCCUUAGAAUAAUAUAUCGCACAGAAGAUAUAAGUAUUGAAAACUCUUUUCUGUUAAUGUUAAAAGAUUGUUAAAAGAUUUCGCGUCACACCGAAUGAUUCUUUCACAAGCCAUGUGUCAGCGGCUGUAAAGCAGAACGUCCCUGAGUACCAUGUCCGGUGAAUGAAACCUAUCUGCAUUCUCAACGUGGAAAGGUCUUGUUGUACCAACAGCAAUAUGGACGCAGGAAUGCGACCUUCGGACAUUAGGACCUACGGACACCAGAGCUAACCGACAUCAGGACCUACGGUUUUCAAUAUUACUGUCGUCAAGGAUUCACCAGCCUAGAUCAAGAAUAACGAGAUCAGAAAGAUAAGCGACAUAACGAAGAUGAAAGACGAGAAUAUCAAGGUGUGCGAGGACGGAUCUCUAAGAUGAGCCAAAAGCUCCAUUUAUGGGCAUGAAAGACUUUGAAGCGUUCAGAAAUUCCAUAUUUUGUGUCUUGCUAUUAAAUCCAUGGUUUUGAGCAUAUUCAGUACCGUGUUGUUUUAUUUGAAGUGCGA